AUGAGUUCUGAAGAGACUGUUGGAAAUGAUCCACAACACCAGGACGCUGCUGAUAUAAUAGAGAUUGAAAGCUGUGCUGAAGACGAAGUAGAGAUUCAAAGGGCUACGGAACUACGGCAAAACGCUGUUGGACCAAGACGGGAUUGGGCUGGUAGAUUUACACCUGGUCAAGCCAAUUGGUCCAGUAAUGAUGAUGCAAAUGAUGAACACAGCAAUGAUGAUCUAGAGGUCGUGCACGAAAUGGUGAUUGAUGAUGGCGGGCCUAUCGACCCUGACGCAGAAUAUGUUGAUCUCGAUAACGAAAGACCUUUUACCGUGGCGCAAAUAAGACCUCGACAACCUUCCACUGGAAGUGGCCAAGAGGACGAUGAUGAUGUGGUAUUUGUGGGGCAAAACACCACAAAUGCAAAUUUUGUAUUAAAUCUUCCCGGUGGCGAGCGGGUUCUCAUUUCUGGUAGCCCUCUGGAGCUACCCGUUAGAAGAUCCUUCCAGCACCAGGUACCGCGAGCUCUCCCGUCCCGUUUGGAUUCGCGAAGGAGACGGGCCCAACGUGUUGCACUUGGUGCUCAACACGCAUUCAAUACUCCUAUGGCUGGAGCAAAUGAGCCACCCCCGAGUUUCAACGAGCAACGCCGGAGAAAUGAGCUACGACUCAGACGAAGCACUCGCCAUCUCGCGCAACAAAACGCAAGAGGACACACACCAUUUUUGAGUCCCAGCAACUUCAUGGGUCAUUCAAAUGCUGCAAGCUUUCAGUCACAACUUUCCAUGCUUCCCGGUAGUGUUCGGGCCGCUUUUGACGAAGCCCUGUCGAUCGAUGAGUUUCAAUCUGUACUGGAGGCUACAGACAGAGAAAGCUACGAACAGCGUUUAGAUGAGCUCACAACAUUGUAUGCACAAUACCGCGAGAUCGUGGAAAACUCAAGGGACCAAAAUGUAAGUAACGAGCCAACGCCCGGUCGCGGCAUGAUUCAUUGGGCUCAGGCGGUGGGAACGUAUGCGAACCACAGUGGCACAAGGCAACACGGGCUUACAAGAGCAUGGGUGCCUCCUCACUACAACGGAAUGCACACCAGAGAUACGGAUGAGUCGCGAGAAAUACAGGGAAUAAUGGAAUUAAUCGAGGCUCGCAAUGAGGCGGAAGUUGACAACAAAAAACGCAAACUUAUGGAAAGCACCAAGGGCAAACGAAGCAGCUUUCUAGAAGAUGCCAAAACAUUGCCCGAGGGCUACAGCUCGUCCUUUGACAUCACACCAAAACUCGAAAUGCCAAUACGCCGUAACAAACAGACGGAAAUUAUAACUGUGGAAGACGACGAAGCGACGGAGAUCGAAAUACCAGCUUGCACGCUUUGCGGUGUAGAGCUGGGAGUGGGUAUUCCAGAUGACUACGAGGGGAGAAGUAAAUCCGACGAAAACAAAACCUUCAACGAACUGGUUGACAAAUAUCAUUUUCACUGUCCGUACCAGUCGUUGCGAAGAUUUACAGUUGCAGACAGGGACCUUUCGCGGGAAACAUACGUGGCCAGUUGUGGGCAUAUGUUCUGCGGACGCUGCCUGGCAAGAAUACGCAGCGCUAGGAAAGUAAACGAGAAGAGUGCUAAGAAGUUCAGAAAUGUGAUGGGACCUUCGCAUCCAGAUAAUUACGGCCCUCGACAAUGUCCAGCCGAGAACUGCAGGAACAAACUACGACAAAACUCCACAAUGCAAGAGAUCUUCUUUUGA